UUUUCUGUUUUUUAGUAACUUGCUUGUAUACUUCCAUGUUGGUAGUACCAGAAGUAACAGAAGAAGAUAAGUACCACUAUAAUUGAUAAUGGGGAAAAAGUUUACUUGUCUUCUAUUUUCUCCAUAUUGGCCCCCACUUGUACUUUCAAUUCCGUUUCUCAGAUUCAGUCUAAGCUACUGACAGUACUUGUAUAAAUAUGUUCUCCUAGCAAAUUUUCACCCAACACUCGAUUAUUGUGAUCCUUUCUGCAAUAUUAUAGCAAUGGAUUCAAAUGCAUCAAGCUUUUUUCUUAAUUCUUCAGCUCUUCACUCAGUUUACUACCAGACAAAAGAAGACGAUGGUAUUAUCGAUCUCGGUCUGAGUCUCAGAACCUUGCAACCUGAAGCUUAUCAUCCAUCGGGACAUUUCAUGGCCCAAGGAGGAGGAUAUGAUGAACUAAUGGCCUGGCCUCAUCAGGGAAAUCCAUCAUCAAGACACUCAAAUUCAGGAUAUCAAGGAAAUACGUCUCAAGAAUGCGAUGAGGAUGCAGAAGGUGUGCAAAGCAAAGAAAAAUGGGCUUAUGUAAAAGUAAACAUGGAUGGAGUUGUUGUUGGCAGGAAACUUUGCAUACUAGAUCAUGGUGGCUACUCAAGCCUUGCUGUUCAACUUGAAGACAUGUUUGGUAGGAAGACAAACUGUAGCAGGGUUAAGGUUGUUCCAGCCAGGGUCUGGAUUCUGCUUGUUUUACAAGGAUAGGGAAGAAAAUUGGCGAGCUGUUGGUGAUGUUCCUUGGAAGGAGUUUAUCGAAUGCGUAAAGCGGCUAAGGAUUGCAGAAAGAAAGUGAAAAAAAUCAUGUCAUAUCUGGAAGAAUUUCCCUGGAUAAUUUUGAAACUGAUUUGAGUCUGAAAUUAACCAAUGCAGAUCUUAAUGUUUAAUUUAUCCAUCUAGUAACAUUGUUCUUGAUUGAUAUAGAUGUUCUUGAGUACGUUUUAUGUCAUAGAAUAAGAUUAGGUAGGAUUUAAAGUUUAGCUAAGUUGGAGUGAAUGUGUUUUGAAUGACAACUUAUCGAGUUCUAUCUGAAAAUACUUAUUUAAUUAUU